CGUGGCGCGCGCUGAGGCCCCACCCAGACAUCCCCAUUGGCUGAGCCCGACCCGGGGGCGGAGUCAGCGCGCAGCAGUCCGGGCUCCCGCAGCGCCGCCGGGACGCGGGUCCAUGGCGAGGAGAGGUACAGGUGGGUGAGGAGCCAGCGCCUGAGCCGAGGAAGCCCCGUCUGGGGGCCAUGGGGGAACAGGUGAGGCUGCCGCCCGGAGAGCCCUGCCGAGAAGGCUAUGUGUUGUCUCUGGUGUGUCCGAACUCCUCCCAGGCUUGGUGUGAGAUCACAAAUGUGUCACAGCUGCUGGCUUCUCCUGUCAUCUACAAGAACCUGAAUUCCAGCAUAACCAACUGGAGCAUUUCAGCAAAUGUAGAAAACAAAUACAGUUUUUAUGUGGGCUUGGUACUGGCAGUGAGUUCCAGUAUUUUUAUUGGCUCCAGCUUCAUACUGAAAAAAAAGGGACUCUUACAACUGGCCAACAAGGGCGUUACUAGAGCUGGACAAGGUGGACAUUCUUACCUCAAGGAAUGGCUUUGGUGGGCAGGAUUGCUGUCAAUGGGAGCAGGAGAGGUUGCAAAUUUUGCAGCUUAUGCUUUUGUACCUGCCACCUUGGUCACCCCACUGGGCGCUCUGAGUGUUCUCAUAAGUGCAAUACUGUCUUCCUAUUUUUUAAAUGAGCACUUGAACAUUCAUGGGAAAAUAGGCUGCAUAUUAAGUAUAUUGGGGUCAACUAUGAUGGUUAUCCAUGCCCCGCAAGAAGAGGAAGUCACUUCUUUGCAUGAAAUGGAAAUGAAAUUGAGAGAACCAGGAUUUAUUUCCUUCGCUGUGAUCAUAACUGUGAUCUCCUUGGUGCUGAUUUUCAUUGUGGCUCCCAAGAAAGGACAGACCAACAUAUUGGUCUACAUUUCAAUCUGUUCUUUGAUUGGAGCAUUUUCAGUUUCUUCUGUCAAGGGCCUAGGAAUUGCCAUUAAGGAACUAUUAGAAUGGAAGCCAGUUUACAAGCAUCCCCUGGUCUUUGUUUUGCUGGCUGUGCUUGUGCUUUCAGUGACUACACAGAUUAACUAUCUCAACAAGGCACUGGACACCUUUAACACAUCUCUUGUGACUCCCAUUUACUAUGUGUUCUUCACAUCCAUGGUAGUGACUUGCUCUGCCAUCUUAUUCCAAGAGUGGUAUGGCAUGAAAGCUGGAGAUAUCAUCGGGACCCUGAGUGGGUUCUUUACUAUUAUCAAUGGCAUCUUCCUUCUACAUGCUUUUAAAAACACUGACAUUACCUGGAGUGAGCUGACAUCUGCUGCUAAGAAAAAAGACCUCUCUCUGAAUGACAGUAAGAACAAUUAUGUCUUACUAGAGAACAUGGAGUAUUUAACCCCAGGAUACAAUGAUGAUGUUACCUUGUUUAGUAGAACUGAUGAUCAAGGUCUCUAAAGACCCUGAAUUUUAACUAAUUUGAGAGUUAGAGAUGAGAAAAACUACUUGCUGCUUAAAAGAACUGCUAGGAAACUUAGCAUUUUUAAUUAAUUUAGAUGUGAGGCCAAGUAAAAAUGCCUUCAUUUUGGCCGUCAAAUUUGAAAAUCAAGUUUUAAUCCUCCUCCAGAAGCCAUCUCUGCUUCCUUUCAUUUCUGCAGGCUUUGAAGUAUUCCCCAAGCAUGAAAGAAGUCAAAGAGUUAUAUGUGUCUCAGGAUAAUCUUUCUUCUGGUCACAAUAUAUUUGGCUCUGCCAAGGGGCUCUUCAUUUCUUUGGUGGCUAUUCUUAGACUCACGAUAAUUCAUAGAUAAAGUUAACUAUGUUCUGAUAAGCAGAGUAUCAGUCACCAUUCUCUGAUGAGUCAUAAUUUCAAAUUAUUAAAACUGAAAAGUGAGAUCACUGGUGCUUUGUCCUCCCUUCUGCACUUCCUCCUUUUUAAAUAAGAUAGCUAAUGGCUCAAGUGAUAAAAAAAAAAAAAAGAAAUUAGAUCUGCUUUGGAAACCUAUUCCUUAGUGGGUUAGAAUGCACAAGAUACACCCCAUCAUGAAGAGCUUAUAAACUGUAAUUUACUGACAAAUCAUAGGAGUUUAUCACCAAUUAAGCCAGAGAAUGGAGGAAGCUGAAAAAUACUUUAGACCUCAGCUAAAGGAAACAUAAUCUUUUUUUCUUUUCACAAAGAACAAACACACAUAAAUGUGUUCACAGCUUUUUAAACUCAGACCUGGUUGACAUAAUACAAAACAGAGUUUCUGGAGAAGUCUGAAUUUACCUUUGGGGUUACUUAUAUUCAUUUUGUUCCUUUCUUUGACUUUUAUCCCAAUUGUUAUUUUCUUGUUGAUGUAGAGAUUUUUGUAAAACAAUGGCUACAUAAUUUCAGGAUUAUAUUAUACAAGAAAAAUCUUUGUGAAAAACCUGAAAAAUUAUCAUAAUGAACCUCUUGAAAUUUGGUAUAUUCCCUUAUUAAAGAAAUCAUAAUUAGUUACUGUCCUACCACAGUAAGUAGCAGACUGUCUUUUUUUGUUAAAUUUCAUUCUGACCAUGUUUUCCAUGCAGCUUAUUGACAAGUGUUUUGGGAGAAUAGGAAGGAGAAUUAACUUCCUGGACAACAAAAUACUAAGACCUCAGCAGCUACUAUAGGAAUAUAUCUUUUGCACAUUAAAAUUUUCAAAAAAUUUAUCUGUCUCAUUUCAAAUGCAUAGCAGGAAUAACAUUU